GAUGGGUUGCGAUAGGAUCAGCGAGUUGCUUGAAUCUUUGCUAGUUGAAAUACUCUCACACCUUCCGACCAAAGAUUCCGUUAAGACAGCUGUUUUAUCGAAGAGAUGGGAAUGUCUCUGGCUAAAGGUUUUAGUAUUGGACUUAAACGCCAUUGACUUCCUUCCUUGUGGAGAAGCAUUGGUGAGUUUAAUGGAUAUAUAUCUGGAGUUUAACCGCGGAUGUUGCAUACAAAAGUUCAAGAUGAAGUAUGACCGUUAUAAGAUAAUUAAAGAGGAUAUUUGUAUUUCAAGGAAGCGAAAGCAGUUGUUUGUUUCAGCGAAGCCAAAGCAAUUCGUCUUUACCAAAGUGCCUCAGUGUUUAUCAUCAACUUUAAAUACUGAAGAAUCUGAAUCUGAGUUUCUAAGAUUUUCAUACGAAAAAAUAAGAAGCAAAGAGCUACAAGAAGCUGCUUACAUCCACAAAGCUUUCUCCCAGAUGCUACCAAAAUUUGAAAAACCUAAUCUAAGUACAAAUCUGUUUCUUGAUUUGGCUAACGACAUUGUGGGACUAUAUAUGCUAGAGAGUCAACCAUACCAAUGUGCCCUAGUUGAUUAUCAUCGAGCCAGAAGUGUGUACCAGACUGAUAGGAGACUAGCACAUCGCCUUUCCUUUACA